UAAAUUAACAUCUCGUGUAUUCUUUGCGUGUGGCAGCGACAGAAACAAAAGACCAGAAGGCCACAAAUGGCGAAAUGCCAGAGAAAAGUGACAGUACAAGCGUUUGUUAUGAUUAUUAUUUUUUUGCUCUUUGCUAACAAAGUGUUGUAAUGUCGUAGUAAAAUAAUUAUUUGAUAUACGGGUUUAUUAAAUAUUUCAAAGUUAACAUAACCUGCUAUAAUUUAUUGAAAACUGCUCUAUAUACUUAAACAAUUUCUCAUUGUUAUUAAGCAACGUGAUUGCUUAUAAAAUUUGUAUUUUCAAGGACGAAUUCAGGACAAAUUAAGAGAAUAAAAUUGGUAGAAGGCGGGCAAUCUUUUUUAACUACAAGCCGCGUUACUUCGAUUAUUUUUAAAAAUCUUUAAUAAAACAUUUAAUAGAAAGGUAACUCGACGCUCGUGUAUCAAGUUAUUCUAUAUCAAAAGGAACGCUCAUGAAAAAUGCGUGGAAUUGAAGGCAAAGUGGUGGUGCUGGGUUCACGAGGAGUUGGAAAGACACACCUGAUCACAAAAUAUAUAAAAAACACAUUGCAUAGAGACAUUGGUCCCACGAUAGCGGCGUCCUUCUUUACUUGCAAGGUGCUCUUGGACGACGUAAAAAUCAAAUUACAAAUCUGGGACACAGCUGGGCAGGAGCGCUUCAAAGCCGUCGCACCAAUGUAUUAUCGCAACGCUAAUGCAGCUAUUUUGGUUUUCGAUUUGACACAACAUAAAACAUUUGUCGAUAUCAAGGCGUGGAUACAAGAGCUGCACCGCCACGUACUGGAACCGAUGAUACUCACACUGGUCGGCAACAAGCUCGAUCUGCUAGCACAGCGCACUGUUACACACGAUGAAGCCUACUUGUUCGCCUCGUCCAUCGGCGCUACCUACUUCGAGGCAUCAGCCGAAACGGAUCAGGGGCUCGAACAAAUAUUCCUCUCCACCGCAUUGGGUCUGGUGCGUUUGGCGGAUGAGGGUAAGAGUUGUUCACUGCGCCAGUUCAAUUCGUGUGACUCCAUAUCAGCCUAUACGAACAACAACACCGCCUUAAGCCACACAUGUGCAGCGCUGUCGGCAAAAAACGGCAAUGCGGCUUUUCGUUUGCCAUACGUAGACAUCGGCAUACCCGUGGAUGGUGAUGAUGAGCGCAAAGUGACGGGCGUGGGCAGACUUGAGACGCCUUCUUGGAGCAUUUCACACAUAGCGUUCGGAGAAGAGGAGUCUACCAGCUGCUGUUGGUAAUCCAGAUAUUCACAAAACAUUAUAUCGGCGUGUAGCUUUAAAAGGGGCUAAUUUUAACAACGGAUAGGCGAUUUACUCAUAUAUAUUCUAUAUGUGCUGAGUACGAAUAGUAUUUUUAAGGAAGCAAAAUGUAAAAAUGUUUCAAAAUGUAAAACUAAAAGCAAUUAUAAUGAUAAUUAGACUAAUUCUAUAAUAUACCUGUAAAUAAUAAGUUCCACAAGCCGUUGGUGGGUGGUAGUUCGUCGCGUGAAGACGCGAAAGCGCUCGUGACUAAGCUUAGUUGAUAAGUUGCGCUACUGCCUACUUUUGUACUGAUAUUAAAUAUAAGCGCAUUCGUACGAACCCAUUUUGCAUGAGGAAGUUUUCUAUUCGAAAUCAAUUAUUUUCAAAACGUAAUUUAUUUUUGUUGAGAAUAAACAGUUAUUUGAGGAAUUGCAGUUGUAGCAGUAAUUUAUUGCUUACUGAAGGCAUUAAGACGCUUUUUUUUAUUAGCUUUACUGAAAUGUUUUACAAAACAAUAACAUAAUCAAACCAACACAUGUACAAACGACGACAACAGAGCAUAUGUAUGUAUAUCUUUAAGAGCACUAACCAUCGUCGCAAACAAAAGAGACGUAGGACAAAGACGUAUUCCCAUAUUUGUAAAAAAUCAUUUAUUAAUAUAAAUAUAUUACACCUAGUACAUAUACACCGGUACUUAUAUGCAAGGAGAGAAUAUUAAAGCCAAAUAUAUAAAAUCA